AGUUCAAAACGUUAAAUUGAGGACAUUGAAAAUCGUAAUGGCGCCGACAAAAGUACCGAAGAAACCUCUUAAAUCUAUGGAGAAGCCCAUAGACAAGCCCAUAUCAAAAAGCAAGAAAAUGAAGAAGAAGAAUUAUCAGAGCUUUUCAAUAUAUCUAUUCAAACUGUUGCGAAGCGUCACGAAAGAUAACUUCGGAAUAUCCAGACAUUCAAUGUUGAUAAUGAAUAACUUCGUGAACGACAUGCUGGAGAAGAUCGCUUCGGAAGCCGGUAAGCUGGUCUCCCAUGGGAAGAAGACGACCCUUGGCAGUCGUGAGAUCCAGAGCGCUAUCCGCCUCCUAAUCCCGGGGGAACUCGCUAAGCAUGCCAACAUCGAAGGCAUGAAAGCUAUCACAAUGUAUCACAACAGCACACAGAGGGAUGAGAAGUCAUAGCAAGGGAAAUCUUUAAUAUAAUAGCAUUGAUAACAUAUUUUUAUUAUUUAUUUAUGACCACGGCCCUUUUAAGGGCUUAA